UCGCUUACCUUUGAACCCGGAACCAUUUACUCAAACACAUUUGGAGGUGAACUUCUCCCAACGCCGAACGGUAAAGAGUGAUGUCCAAAAACAGGAAAAUAGCUUUCAUAUUUGGAGGGUUUGUAACGGCAGUUGCCGCUGCGUUUUACCCCAUUUUCUUCUACCCGCUCGCCCACAAAACCGAAUACAGAGAAUUCCAGAAGAUGAACCGGGCAGGAAUCGAGCAGGCUGACGUGCAGCCCGUUGGUAAGCUCCCAGGGUGACACCAUUUGUGGUGUGAAGAUCUGGUCUGAUCCAUUCAAGAAGUGAUUCCCGAUGGACUGAGCUGGAGAGUGCUUGGCGUGUGAGUGAGCCAAGGAUUUGACAUUGUAUUAUUUUGUUGCGUUCAAGGGAACAUACUAUGCUAAAGUAACCUUUUAAUGGGGAUGGUGGAAGAGUGGUUAGCACUUCUGCCUCACAGAAAUUAGGUUCAGGGUUCGACUCCCGUGUGGAGUUUGCACUUGCUUGUGUGUGUUUUCGCCGGGUUCUUCCCGCAUUCCAAAUGUUAGGUUCAUUGAAGACUCUAAAUUGUCCAGAGGUCUGAAUGUAAGCCUCCAUGCAGAGAUUCUCCGACAUGACUUGGAAGCUUGGCCGGGUGAAGAUUAAGAGCCACUGUCAAGCCACUCCACUGUCUGAAACACAACUAUUUAUUGUUUGUAUACAAAUAGUUUGGUCUCUGGAGUGCGUGUCCAUCCAUCAGGUAUGAAAUUAAACAACCAAGUAAAUCUUU